AUCAUUAGUCCACAAGGGAUCUUCCAAACUCAUUGGAGAAUAAAAUCACUUUUCAUUAUUCAGCUCCCUUUUAAAUGUAAAAGAGUGAAAGUCCAGAGAGAGAAAGAGAAUAGAGAGAGAAGACAAAGCUGCAAAAAUCAUGUUAUCUGUCGACCUUCAGUUUAUUCUGGGUGGUUUGCUUUCUUGGGUCUCUGCAAUUUAUUUGUAGAGUUAUGGUAAUGGGAAAUGUCAGCGGCAAGAAAGAUGAAGCUGGACCCUCAGCAACUAAGAAUGAGGAGGGUGAAGAAUACAUGGAGUAUGCACAUGGUGGGGCGCAGGUUAGCUAUCAUGCGCCUGGCCCGUUUCCAGAGUCCAUGGUUCAGUCCCCUCCUCACAGCCCUAGGGCCUACCAGUCACCCUUGAUGUUUACUCCACAGGUCCCCAUGGUUCCUUUUCAAAGGUCUGGUGAAAUAAUUCAAAUCCAAAGUAAAGAAUCAACACAAAGUACAACAGACUAUGAGGGUAUGCUUCCUGAGAAAGGGAUACCAACGAUGAUCACGUGGAGUUAUGAUGGCAAACAAGUUGCGAUUGAGGGGUCUUGGGAUAACUGGAAGACAAGAGAGUUCCUGCAGAGAUCGGGCAAGGAAUUCAUUAUUAUGAAGGUGCUCCGAUCAGGCGUUUACCAUUACCGGUUUAUUGUUGAUGGACAGUGGAGGUAUGCUCCGGAGUUACCACGGGAGUGUGAUAAUAUGGGGAAUAUUUUCAACAUUUUGGAUUUGCAGGAUUAUAUUCCAGAAGUCCUGGACAACGUUUCUGUCUCUGAAUCUCCUCCUUCCCCUGUAUCAAGUUACAACAACUCAGCCUUCAGUUCAGAAGAUUUUAACGAAAAGUUGCCUGAAUUGCCUCCGCUACUACAAAAAACUCCGCUGGACCAGCCAUCCUCCUCCAAGGAUGCUACAGAGUCUACGGAGAAGCCUUUAGCUGCAGUGUUGGACCAUUUAUACAUUCAAAAAGGGUGCACUGGUCAAUCUAUGGUGGCACUUAGUUCAACACACCGUUUUCGCACAAAAUACGUCACAGUAGUACUCUACAAGUCAUUAAAAAGGUAAAAAUGUUGAAGUACUUCCCCAAAUUCAUGGAGUUGGGAAUAUAAAGAGCAUCCUAUUGCUGAGAGAAAUGCUGUGACCAUUGUUUUCGUAGCAAGGCUAAUGUAGAAAAAAAUAGGAUUUUGCCAUAUAAAUAUAUUUAUAUGAAUUUCUGUUCAUUUUCGAUAUGUUGAUCACUUUUCUUACAUGCUUGCCAUGGUUGUCACAUGAGAAAGUGAUGACCUUGCAAACUGAAUGUUCUCGAGAUAACUUCUAAUUAUGUCCCUUGAAGUUUCAGUUA